UGUGUGUCAGGUUUCAUUCUGAGAGAGACUCGAGCGCGCGGCAGCCAGUAACACAAACCCGUCAGAUGGCACGACUGAAGCACACGGACUCCCACUAGAGCAGAGGAUUUCUCAACACUUAUGGGACUCCAUGCACUUGAAUGAGCAGCAUGCCUCUGUUGAGGACGUUUUGAAGACUGAUAUUUUCACGUGAAGAGCGGUUUAAUUGUCUGAAAAGAGAACUUUAAUCCGUUUAUUUGAGCACCCCGUUCAGCGUGAUAAAGUGCUGGAUAAACAUCAAAUUGCCUACAUAAGUCUCACAGACAUGGAGGACAUGAAAAUGCGAAUAUCACCUGAGUUCAGUCAGGAGAGGACCUGCGUUCAGCAUCCUUGCCAAAAGCGCCUUCUGACGAACUGGAAGGACAUGUGUGGAAUCUGCGUGUGUUUGAUCUCGUUUGGAGUUUGUGUGUUGCUCUACCUGAGGACGUCAGAUCUGCAGUCCAGGGUGCUCAGUUUGGAAAAGGACAGAGAUCCUCGUAUCUCCGGUUGGAUCUCUGUGGAACAGGUGGAGCCCGUCCUGUGGAGUCGACUGGAUCAGAUAUUAGAGGAGAAAUUAGCAGCGCAUCUUCCGAAGAUCCGGGCGGCUCGGGAUGCACCUCAUAACUGCAUCUGUCCACCAGGACCUCCCGGUUUGAGGGGAAAGAAAGGCCGGGAUGGGGCUUCAGAUGCAUAA